AUGCGCAAUGCCGCACUUUGUUGGAAUAUCUUCACUGUACGCUCUGUGAAAGUCUUGCUUCGCAGUAAUGUCCGUACCAUUGCGCAACGCCUGACAACAAGCGCUGUCCGUUCCGCUAGCACUCUCGAUGAUGGGGCAAACAAAACUCAUGAUCACUCUCUGCACUUCAAGCUUGAGCGUUACUUUGCUGCGGGAAUGGUGCCAUUGAUCCCAGCCGCCUAUUUCAUUCACGGUCCCGUUAUGGAUGCUGUGCUUACUGUGGCGCUAACUCUGCACAUCCAUUGGGGAGUGCAAGGUGUCAUCCAGGACUAUGCGCGUCCAUUCGUUAUUGGCGAUGCCGCUGCAAAGGUUGCUCGCGCAGGUGUAUAUCUCAUCACUGCUGCUCUGCUGGCGGGCAUUCUCCACUUCAACACCAACGACGUAGGCCUUACCAAGGCUUUCGAACUUGUUUUCUCUCUGUAA